AGCCUCAACAACACAACACAGGAAGAAAAAAUGUGUUUGAUCAGCAGGUAACAAGUAUUGAUCCUGGAGGAACUAUGCGUCUGUUUUAGGGAUCAGUGGAUUGUGAGCGAGCAAGUCAUGGACGCUUCCCUGUGUCUGCUGUGGCAGUAUGUGUUCUCGCCCGCGAGCAUUGUGGGUUUGAUUGCGUUUGUGCUUGUUUUCUAUGUGCAGCAAGAGUACAGGAAUCGUCAAAGAUACGCGAACAUCCCUCCAGGUCCAAAGCCAUGGCCCAUCGUGGGCAACUUCGGGGGCUUCCUAGUGCCUUCAUUUAUUUUAAAACGAUUUGCACAUAAUCGCAAAGAGUUUGCAAAGAUGGUCUCAAAUCCGCUGUCACCUCAGGCUGGACUCGUCGAGAUGUCCAAACUCUACGGAAACAUAUUCAGCAUUUUUGUUGGGCCUCAGCUCAUGGUCGUGCUGACGGGAUAUGACGCUGUCCGGGACGCGAUGUUAAACCAUCCGGAGGUGUUCUCUGACAGACCACAUAUACCGCUCGUAACUAUUAUCACCAAGAGGAAAGGGAUUGUGUUUGCACCCUACGGUCCGCUGUGGCGGACGAACCGCAAGUUCUGUCACAGCUCUCUGCGCAGCUUCGGCUUUGGCAAGCUGAGUCUGGAGCCGUGCAUCCUUGAAGGCCUGACCAUGAUUAAAACAGAGCUGCAGAGCCUCAUUGAGACAGCAGAGCCCUCUGGUAUCGAUCUGACACCUCUCAUCAGCAAUGCAGUCUCCAACGUCAUCUCCUCCCUGAGUCUGGGUCAGCGUUUCCACCACCAGGAUCAGGAGUUCCGGACCAUGCUGGAUCUAAUGUCUCACGGGCUGGAGAUCAGCGUCAACACCUCUAUACUGCUGGUCAACGUCUUUCCCUGGCUGUACUACCUGCCCUGCGGCGUUUUCAAGGAGCUGCGGCGUGCGGAGAUUGAUAUCACAGCCUUCCUGAAGAAAAUCAUAGCGAGGCACAGGGCCACGCUAGAUCCGGAGAAUCCCAGGGAUUUCAUAGAUAUGUAUCUGGUGGAGAUGCUCGCAAAGCAAAAGGAAAAUAGUUCCGAAGAGAACUUGUUCUCAGAAGACGAUCUCUUCUACAUCAUUGGGGACCUCUUCAUUGCGGGCACUGAUACUACCACAAACAGCAUCCUGUGGAGUAUUCUCUAUAUGUCCUUGUAUCCUGAUGUGCAAGAGAAAGUUCAGCAGGAGAUUGAUGCCGUGGUGGGAUCUGAGAGAGUCCCGUCUCUGACAGAUAAGGGCAGUCUGCCGUACACAGAAGCCACCAUUAUGGAGGUGCAGAGGAUGACUGUAGUGGUUCCUCUGUCAAUACCCCACAUGGCCUCCGAAACCACAGAGUUCCGAGGGUACACUAUUCCUAAAGGAACCGUUAUCAUCCCAAACCUCUGGUCAGUACAUAGGGAUCCCACUGUGUGGGAAAAUCCUGAUGACUUCAAUCCAGCCCGAUUUCUGGAUGAACAGGGCAAGCUUCUCAGGAAAGAUUGUUUUAUUCCAUUUGGAAUAGGUCGUCGGGUGUGCAUGGGAGAGCAGCUGGCUAAGAUGGAGCUGUUUCUGAUGUUCACCAGUCUGAUGCAGGCCUUCACCUUCAGGCUUCCUGAGGGAAAAUCUGCUCCGUCUAUGCAUGGACGCUUUGGCCUGACUCUGGCUCCAUGCCCAUUUACUGUCUUUGUGAAAACACGCUGAACAAGCUUUAAACAAGACAAGUCAUUGCUGAAGCAAUGCGGCAUUAUUGGGAAGCAAAUUGCACAGGUUGACCAUGUUGACCAGGCUACAAGGUAAGGGCUUCUUAGUUGCAUGAUGAAACAAAAGUCAGAAAAUAUUUUUGCAAAAUAUUCCUAAGUAUUAUAUGAGUAUAUUUCAGUUUUAUUAUUAUAUUUGUUUAAAAAUAUUUAUUUAAUAAUUAAAUAAAAUUCCACUGGAAUUAUUUUUUUUUUUCCCCCAAUAUUAUUACUGGGGUAAUGUACUGUACUAAGAGACUGUUUUUUCCUUUAUUUUAAUUUUUUAGAGAAUUAUUGCCAAAAAUUCUUUCAAACAUUCUAUUUCAUGGUUUAAUGUUUUAGAAAAAAACAUUAAUGGGUGUUCAACUAUAAGGCUGAAAAUAGGUCCUUAGAAAAACACACUCUUAAAACAACUCUUGCUAAUUUCUUUAAUUUGUCCACUAACAAUGGACAUACAUGCACUACAGAAGAGUUCUGUAUUUUGUUCUUUCUAAAACUCAUGAACAUUUCCAGGAUAGAGUCAUUUCCAUCUUAAACAUUAUGUAUCGUCUUUGAUGUCAUUUUGUGCAGGAAAUUAUAAUUGAAAUAUUUUUGGAAUGAAAUGUCAGGCUUUGUCUUGCUAAGGAUAAUUUGCUGUAAUGUCAUGUAUCCUAUAUAAACAGUAUUUUCACAUUUUUUAUAUAUUUGACAAAAACUGCUGAUUGAUUGAAAUGAUGCACAAUAAAAUAUUUGGCUGAAAAGCAAUAUUUA